UCGUAGAAGCAGGAAAAGUGUUUGAUACGCGUUCGAAAAGCCAGCGCCCCCAUGCAAUACCUCACCGGGCAAACCAUUAAAUAGGCUCAUAUUGUUUAAGAAUAUUUGUAAUUUAUGUAGAAAGGAGAAGGCGUGUCGUGUAUUAAAUACACUUUUACGUAGCGGGUGCUUUCAUUUUUUUUUACAGGAAGUAUUCGAGACAGCUGAUAGCCGUGGACGCUAACAGGCUUGGCUAGCGAACUCAGCGGCUAACUUUAUCGUUCGUUCCGAGGGGCGUGCCGAGUCGAUCCGAUCAGAUCCGAUCCGAGCGGAGUGAAGCUCUGCUCUCUCGCCUUUAGAGACCUUCUUCCUGAACAACCGCCCUGGAGAGCUUCACCGCCCCCACUGCCGUCUAUUCCCUGGUGCAAGCAUCCUGUCGAGAUGGAUAACCUGAGUGACGUCCUGGAGAAGCUGAAACUUUCAUCGACGGACAGCACGUCAGACAGCGUAGAGAGCUGCCUGGACUGCCUGCUCAAAGCCCUCAUCAACAAUAGCACAGAGGCAAGCGUGAAGAUCCAGGAAAUGGGGGUCCUUCCUCUGCUGCCCACCCUGCUUUCCCCGCAGUCAUCCUGCACCCCAAAAGUCGCUAACAUCAUUGCAGAGAUGGCAAAAAACGAAUUCAUGCGGAGUCCCUGCGUGGAAGCCGGCCUCAUCCCGCCUCUCAUUGAACUGCUAAACUCCACCGAUCAAGAGGUUCUGCUUCAGACAGGGCGAGCCCUUGGCAACAUCUGUUACGAUAGUCAUGAGGGCAGGAUCGCGGUUGACCUGGCAGGAGGGGCUCAAAUAGUAGCUGAACACAUUAAAACCCUCUCCCAAAAUACCCACGUGGCAAACGAGAAGCUCUUGACAGUCUUUUGCGGCAUGCUGACGAACUAUAGCAAUGAUAAUGAUUCCUUACAAGCUCAGCUGAUCAGCAUGGGUGUCAUUCCCACCCUGGUGAAGCUCCUUGGCGUCCAUUCUCACAACACUGCCCUGACCGAAAUGUGUCUCAUCGCCUUUGGGAACUUAGCCGAGCUUGAGUCGAGCAAAGAGCAGUUUGCAUCCACCAACAUUGCAGAGGAGCUGGUUCGUCUCUUCCAGAAGCAAACAGAGCAUGAGAAGAAAGAAAUGAUUUUUGAGGUGUUGGCUCCUCUGGCAGAAAACGAUGUGAUCAAGUUGCAGCUGGUGGAGGCAGGCUUGGUGGAGUGUCUCCUCGAGGUGGUGGCCCAAACUGUGGAUGGAGACCGGGAGGAGGACGUGGCCCAGCUGAAGACCGCCUCAGACCUCAUGGUGCUCCUGCUGCUGGGAGAUGAGUCCAUGCAGAAGCUGUUUGAGGGUGGAAAAGGGAGUGUUUUCCAGAGAGUUCUCUCCUGGAUACCGUCUCAUAACCACCAGCUGCAGCUAGCUGGCGCUCUUGCUAUUGCUAAUUUUGCCCGCAACGAUGGUAACUGCAUCCAUAUGGUGGACACUGGCAUCGUGCAGAAGCUUCUAGAACUGCUGGAUCGCCAUAUUGUGGAAGGCAAUGUUACAGUUCAACACGCAGCUCUAAGCGCUCUACGGAAUCUGGCCAUACCUGUGGUGAACAAAUCUAAGAUGCUGUCCGCCGGCGUGGCCGAUGUGGUGUUGAAGUUCUUGCAGUCCGAGAUGCCGCCGGUCCAGUUUAAACUCUUGGGCACUUUACGUAUGCUCAUCGAUACACAAGUGGAGGCAGCGGACCAGCUGGGCACCAACGUGAAGCUGGUGGAGCGUCUGGUGGAGUGGUGUGAAGCUAAAGAUCAUGCUGGCGUGAUGGGAGAGUCUAAUCGGCUUCUUUCUGCUCUUAUUCGACAUAGCAAGUCCAAGGAAGUGGUCAGGACGGUCAUCCAGGCAGGCGGAGUCAAGCACCUGGUCACCAUGGCAACCAGUGAGCACAUGAUCAUGCAGAACGAAGCACUGGUGGCACUGGGCCUCAUUGCCGCACUAGAUUUGGUUGCAGCUGAGAAGGACUUUGUGGGAGCGGACCUCGUAGCGGUUCUUCACAAGCUUUUGUCCGAUGAUAGAAGUGCGCCUGAAAUUAAAUAUAACUCCAUGAUCCUCAUUUGUGCAGUCAUGGGCUCUGAGCCUCUCCACAAAGAAGUCCAGAGCCGGGCGUUUAUCGAUGUGGUCUCCAAGCUCCGCUCCCAUGAAAACAAGACUGUGUCGCACCAGGCCUCGCUCACCGAGCAGCGGCUAACCGCCCAGAGCUAAAAUGCUAGCCGGGCUCCACCCCAUAGCGAUGCCUGCACCCAAAUCACCUUGUAACUCCCUCCCCUCCACCCCGUCGUCGUCGUCGUGGUCGUGUGCCAAGGUACCAUGUUGCAUUAACUGCCAACCAGACAGACACUUUGAUAUUUCAUGUAGAUGACGAUGAUAACUUCAUUAGGAGCUAUAGGACCACCACACUGAAAGCCAUAAUCACAAGGUUUAUUUAUUAGUGUUGAAGGGUCUCUGUACUCGUGCAUGCAAUGCAACAUAGACCGCCAUAGCCGUGACGCCAUCUUGGUGAUUGAGGCGCCAUGGAUGACCUGACUCGUUGUGUCUCCACAUUAAAUAUGGCACUGUGCAUGGUCCUUUUUGCUUUGUCGAGGCCAAACCACUGAUUUAUCGGGAGCUUGAUUGGUCGUGUCUGCUUGGCGUGUGACCUCACGUGGCAGCCGCAACACAGAGGACAGGCGUCUGCUAGGGAUUCUUUUCAAUGUCACCUAAUUCAUGUUACGUUUGUCCUGGUGUGACUUUCUUUGGAGAAAUACGAAAGCAAAAAUAGAUUUUUUUUGGCAGUACAAUUCCAUGUUGUGCAUGUCGGCCAUGACAGGCCGCUAUUUGAGGAAAUACAAGAAACGUCGGGGACAAGAUGUCGUGUUUCAGCUUAAGAUAAGACCUAAUUAUAUUUUUGUGGAAUUUGAAUGGCCAAAAAAAGGGCAAGAUAUCGUCCGUGUACGAUGUCCAACAGGUAAGUCAGCAACGGUCAAAUACAGUAGUUUGUUUUUAUCAAUGGUUAUUUAUCAGUGACAUGAGAUGCAUCCAUAGUAAUACUACCAUGAAAUACUAUUACUCGUUGGUUGUAAAUGUUCCAAAUAAGAGAAAAGUUGUACAUUUGCAGGAUUGUAACUCGCAUAGCAGAUCAUUAAAAAUAUCAUAGCUAGCCUUUGUUGCGUCAUUUUUCAGUGUUAGGGUCCAUGUGGAUAAAAAGUCAAAUUCACGUGAAUAAAGUCAUAAAUUUAGGGUACAUUUACAUGAAUAAAGUUGUAAAUUAACAAGAGAAUUUUUUUUAAAUCAAAUUGAAUAAAGUAGAAUAAAAAUACAAAGUUGUAAAUUUGAGGGAAAAGUCUUACACGAGGAAAAAAAGUCACAUUUCAGUGAAUAAAUCAUGAAUUGAAUUGAAGUCAUACAUUUCUAUGAAUAAAGCCGAAAAUUUUGGCAAUUUUGCAUGAUUACAGUCGUAUAUUUACAAGACAAAAAUCGUAAAUUUAAUUAAAGCAUUAGCAAAACAUUUUAUGAGAAAAAAAUUUGAAAUGAAGAAAGUUGUAAAUUUACAUGGUUAUAAAUGUAUGAGAAAAAAAGUUGUACAUUUGCGAAAAUAAAGUCGUAAAAUUGACAAGAAAAAAGUUGUAAUUUUAUGAGAAAAAAUAGUAAUAUUAGCUUUACUCAAGGCGCACAAGUCCAUCUUUUGCCUGUGACCACGUAGUGUUAAGAAAUGUCUGAAAAUCAAGUACCGUAUUUUCCGCACUAUACGGCGCACCGCAUUAUAAGGCGCUACAGUAGAGGCUGUAGUUACGUUAUGCAACCAUUAGAUGGUGCCGCGCUAAAGGGAAUGUCAACAAAACAGUCAGAUAGGUCAGUCAAACUUUAUUAAUAGAUAACAAACAAGCUUUCCACAACUCCAUUCACUCCCAAAAUGAAUAAACAGCUGUUUUAUUAUUUUCUCUGAGGUAAAGCAUUUUCGUUCAAGUGUGUCCUCUAACUGUGGCCAUCUCGCUUUAUUGCCACGGAAACUUUGUUUAGUCUUCUUUACUUGGCGCAGCUCAUCCUCAUGCUUCCUCCACUUCCGCACCAUCGAUUCAUUAAUGUUAAACUCUAUUGCUGCUGCUCUAUUUCCGUGUUCUACUGCGUGACUGAUCGCCUUGAGUUUAAACUCUGCGUUGUAAGCGUGUCUCUUAAUAGGAGCCAUUUCAGGGUCUUUAUACAAACGCACAAAUGAAAGUGAAUCGUUGUUUAAUAUUUCCCAGUAUGCACAGCGCACUUCUUCUUCUACGGGAAAAAUGGAGUCGGUGGCUGCUUACCGUAAGUUGCGAGACCUGUCGCGGCUCAAUAUUGAUCCAUAUAUAAGGCGCACCGGAUUAUAAGGCGCAUAGUCAGCUUUUUUUUUUUUAAAAAAUCUGAUUUUAGGUGCGCCUUAUAGUGCGGAAAAUACGGUAAUAUGUAAAGUAAUGUACAAGAAAAAAAGGUCGUCAUAACAAACGGCUCCAACCAUUUCACAAGAUCAUGAGCCCCAUCACCAAAAAACCCCAAACAAACAUAAAAAGAAAUAAUGUUUGAAAAACACAUUUUAUUUCCAAACCACUCAAAUGUUUUUAUCAAUGCAACAAUAAGUGACAUAAAUAGCAUUUUUUGCGGAACAUACUGAUCUAGCCAAAGGUUAACAACCAAAAAACGGUGUAAAACAUAAGAUACGAUGCAAUCUUUACAUUAUUUAACAUUAUGAACAAAAAAAAAAUACACGCGUGCCAAGUUCUAUUCAAGUGUAUGUAGGGGGCCGGAGGAGGAAUUGACGUUUCAAUGAGAAAUACUAAGAAAUCCUUGGCUAGUCGUAGUUAGCGUAAUGGUAAGGGCGUUUUAAUGAAAUGUUCCCAUCAAAAAAUAAUCAGGACACCUGUGGUUAUUUACAUAUUUUUAAUAGUUUUGUAACGUAAAGAAUAAAAACAAUAUUAAUAAGCAUUUCGUCCAAAUACUAUUUCAUUGAUUUCUUUUGUGACGGGAAUAAAAAGGUGCAAUGUGGGCAUGUGUGGAGGAAAUAACAUUUACAAACCCGCCAACGCGUACGCAUUUUUGGCUUUUAAACCCCUGACCACGCUUGUAAGCUUCACUGAUGCCCUGCAGACAGACCAAAAUAUAGCGAACCUCGAGAUGCGGCGACUCCUGACUUACUGCAAAGAAGCUUUAAAGUGAAAAACUGUUCAUCAGCUCAUCAAAUGUUUAAGACCAAAGCCGUCCUAAAAUAGAAAUAAAAGGUGGAAAAAGGAGAGAUGAGUAGCUGUAGGCAGCUUAUUCCUCUGGAAGAAGUCCUUUUGUCGAGUAUUUAAAAAGCCCCCUGCAACAUCGCCACAUAGCCGUCUGCCGUUUGACGCCCCCGCACGAACUGAAGCUCCAUCGUUCCAUUGAAGGAUGAUGGAAAACAUCUCAGGUGGCAUCUCCUUGUCAUGCCAGUAACGUUUGAAGCCAUCCGAGGCACAAGAAUGACACUCACAUUCAGGGCACAUUUUUACCAACAUUUUGCCUUAAAGGCUGUGCUCUCCAACCUUUGAUGAACAGCCUAUUUCACUUUCAUGCUUCAUUGCUAUAUAUUUUUUAACAGAUCUCAUAAUAUUUCAACUUUUAUAAAUGUCUCAUUUUUUUCUGAUUGUGACAUCCCCAACAUAUUUUUAUUCUUGCAAAAUGACUACUCCGCCCACAUUUUUACUGUUGUUUAAAAUGUGGCAAGGGCCAAUUAACUGUAAAUGCCCCCCGCCCCCUGUCCUACAGCCUCUGAAAUGGGACCGACUUUUGUAAAUAUGGUCUUAAUCAUGAUUUGUGAAUUUGUCAAUUACCGAUUUCACGUAAACACUGAAGACCGUAGUCGGUCAGCACAACAAACGAGCAUGGUGUUAAGGUUUUGUCGCUAAACUGCUGGACUGUCUAACGAGUGGGGGGAAAAAAAAACACAAUAUUUCAUCAACAGUGCAAUGCAGAAAAACACAACUAUGCUACUUUUUUUUUU